AUGCAUGAACCUGCUGUCUCUGAGAAUAAUGAAGUCCGUCCUCAAAGAAUGACUACCCGAUCCAUGAAUAAUAUCUAUAAGCCAAAAAAAUCUUUUAUGGUCACUAAGCACCCUCUUCCACCCUCCUUGGAACCCACGAGUGUUACUGAAGCACUUACUGACUCUAGAUGGCGUGAUGCCAUGUCCUCUGAAUUGAUUGCAUUAAUGCGUCACAAUACAUGGCAACUAGUACCACCUCCGACUAAUUGUAAUAUUGUUGGCUGUAAGUGGGUGUUUCGGAUUAAGAGGCAUGCUGAUGGAUCUGUUGAUCGAUUCAAGGCUAGACUCAUGGCUAAAGGGUUCAAUUAG